GAAUGGGCCAAUCGCUGGGUGUCCUUAGAUGUAACACAGACUCUGAGGGAGUGGCUGCAUGAGGCUGGUAAGUUACAAUUUCCUUUAGGGUUGUAGAUAUAAUUACAUAACACAAACAGUAUGUUGCAACACAGACAAUCAUAUCCUGUUACACAUCUGUGUCUGAUUGAAGUGCCACUACAAAGAAGGCCCAUGACAAAGCAUGUGAAAGAACUGUCUAACAGACUUUUACACCUAAAACAGUAUACCUAUUCCUUCAGGUUUAAAAAAACAGUUUCAUACACCAUUAUAUUAGCAUUUUUGCAACACUUUACAGGAGAGGAGCAAGGAUUCCAAUUGAAGUUGCCUUGUGAUUGUGGGAAACCAAUGGAGGAAUUCCUCUUCGGAAUAGCAGGUAUUUGCAGUUUACUCUAUUCACUAUAUUGAAAUCAACUCAAGCCAUAAGUUUUCUGCCAAAACCUCCACUGUGAAUCUCUUGACUGACAGGUGGCAAUGUUUUAUAAGAUAG